GUUCAGGGUGACUCGAUGCCGCCCCUUUACGGUUGCACUACUCCGCAUGUUCCUGCAGUUUUACUUUCACUUGUAUCCUCGUUGUGGCGCAGCUGAUUUUCUACCUGCAAGCCUCCGUCUGAAGAUGAAGGUAGACGGUGUGUGAGCUGAGCAGGAUGGAUCAGUGUGAGGAUGGAGAGGACGCAGUCCGUCCCUCUAAGAUGCCUCUCAGCGGGGGACAUGAGGACCAGAGGAAACAACCAGAACCAGAACCAGAGACUGGAUCAGGACAAAGAAGUGGGUCCCUGUUCAGUGACAGGUCAAAAGGUCGGCUCAUUGAUUUUAAACAAAGCCAGCCUUCUAGAAAGAGGAAGCAACCAGAACCAGAACCAGACUCUGGAUCCAGCUCAGCCUCCCUACGCAGUGACUCAUCAAAGGGUCGGCUCAUUAAUUUUGAGAAAGUGGACCAGCAGAGCUCAGAGGUUCCCAGUGGUCCGUCUGCCCAGCAGCUUCAAACACAGCUGGACUCCAUAUUUAUGGAGGUGGAACAAAACAUGUUCACUUUUAUGAAGGAAGAGUUAAAUGUGUUUAAAACAUAUCUGAGUCCAUUUGGUUCAGAGUAUUUAGAGAGUCAGACGGAGGGUGAGGAUGAGGAGCACAGGAGGAAGAACAGAGAGCACUUACUUAACAUCACUGUGAACUUCCUGAGGAGGUCGAACCAGGAGGGUCUGGCUACACGCCUGCACAACAGUUCUCCUGUCACCUGCCAAAGUAAUCUUAAGGCAAACAUGAAGAACACAUUUCAGCAGAUUUUUGAAGGGGUUCCUAAAGCUGGAAAAUCAAUGCAUUUGAGUCAGAUUUACACUGAGGUCUACAUCACAGAGGGAGGGACUGCAGAGGUCAACCAGGAACAUGAGGUCAGACAGAUUGAAACAGCAUCCAGGAAACCACACAGACCAGAAACAGCAAUAAAACUAGAAGACAUCUUUAAGGCCCCACCGGGUAGAGAUUGGCCAAUCAGAACAGUGAUGACCAUGGGAGUGGCUGGCAUUGGGAAAACUGUCUUAACACAGAAGUUCACUCUGGACUGGGCUGAAGACAAAACCAACCAGAACAUCCAGUUCAUAUUUCCAUUCACCUUCAGAGAACUGAAUGUGCUGAGAGAGAAAAAGUUCAGCUUGGUGGAACUGAUUCAUCACUUCUUUCCUGAAACCAAAGGAAUCUUUAGCUUUGAACAGUUCCAGGUUCUGUUCAUCUUUGAUGGUCUGGAUGAGAGUCGACUUGGUCUGGACUUCAACAACAAUCCGAUCCUGACUGAUGUUACAGAGUCCAGCUCAGUGGAUGUUCUGCUGACAAACCUCAUCAGGGGGAAACUGCUUCCCUCUGCUCUCCUCUGGAUAACCACACGACCUGCAGCAGCCAAUCAGAUCCCUGCUCAGUGUGUUGGCAUGGUGACUGAGAUUAGAGGGUUCACCAACUCACAGAAAGAGGAGUACUUCAAGAAACGAUUCAAAGAUGAGGAGCAGGCCAACAGGAUCAUCUCCCACAUCAAGACAUCAAGAAGUCUCCACAUCAUGUGCCGCAUCCCAGUUUUCUGCUGGAUCACUGCUACAGUUCUGGAGGAUGUGAUGAAGACCACAGAAGGAGGAAAACUGCCGAAGACUCUGACAGAGAUGUACAUCCAAUUCCUGGUGGUUCAGACCAAAGUGAAAAAGGUCAAGUAUGAUGGAGGAUCAGAAACAGAUCCACACUGGAGUCCAGACAACAAGAAGAUGAUUGAGUCUCUGGGAAAACUGGCUUUUGAUCAGCUGCAGAAAGGAAACCUGAUCUUCUAUGAAUCAGACCUGACAGAGUGUGGCAUCGAUAUCAGAGCAGCCUCAGUGUACUCAGGAGUGUUCACACAGAUCUUUAGGGAGGAGAGAGGGCUGUACCAGGACAAGGUGUUCUGCUUCGUCCAUCUGAGUGUUCAGGAGUUUCUGGCUGCUCUUCAUGUUCAUCUGACCUUCAUCAACUCUGGAGUCAAUCUUCUUGAAGAAAAUCUGACAUUUCCCCAAAAAUCUAAAAGAAAUGAAAAACAUCGGUUCUUCCAGAGCGCAGUAGACAUGGCCUUACAAAGUCCCAAUGGCCACCUGGACUUGUUCCUCCGCUUCUUUCUGGGUCUUUCUCUCCAGACUAAUCAGACUCUCUUGAAGGACCUGUUGACACGAGAAGAACCCAGCACAGAAACCACUGACGAAGCAGUCCAAUACAUAAAGAGGAAGAUGAGUGAAAAGUUGGCUGCUGACAAAAUCAUCAAUCUUUUUGACUGCCUAAGUGAAAUGAAUGACCUUGCCCUUGUUGAAGAAGUCCAAGAGUCUCUGAGUUCAGGACGUCUCUCCACAGAUAAGCUGUCUUCUGCCCAGUGGUCAGCUCUGGUCUUCAUCUUACUGUCGUCAGAAAAAGAUCUGAAUCUGUUUGACUUGAAGAAAUUCAUCAAUUCAGAUGAUGACUUUGCAAGGUUGCUACCAGUUCUUGAUGUGUCCAGCAAAGCCCUAUUAAGUGUCUGUAACCUUUCGCCAAGCACAUGUGCAACCCUUUCCACAGUUCUAAGUUCUCAGUCUUCUCAUUUGAGAGAGUUGGACUUGAGUAACAAUGACCUGAGGGAUAAGGGAGUAACGCUUCUAUGUGGAGGACUCAGAAGUGUACACUGCACUCUAACGACUCUAAGGCUGUCAGGCUGUCUGAUCACAGAGGAAGGCUGUGCUUCUCUGGCCUCAGCUCUGGACUCCAACCCCAUCCAUCUGAAGGAGUUGGACUUGAGCUACAACCAUCCAGGAGAGGAAGGGGUGAAGAAGCUGACUGUACAGGGUUCUACCUGGAAACCAGAAAAACUGAGGAUGGAGCCUGCUGGUGUCCAAUGGUUGACACCAGGUCUGAAGAAGUAUUCCUGUCAACUCACCAUCGACACAAACACAGUGAACAAAAAACUCCAGCUGUCUGAGAACAACAGGAAGGUUACUGGUGUGGAUGAGAGUCAGUCCUACCCUGACCAUGAACAGAGAUUUGAUUACUGGCCCCAGGUUCUGUGCAAGGAAAGCCUUCCUGAUCGCUGUUACUGGGAGGUUAUUUGGAGUGGGAAGGUUGAGAUCUCUGUGAGCUACAGUGGAGUCCAACGUAAAGGAGGCAGUAAUGACUGUGAGUUUGGAUUUAACAACAUGUCCUGGAGUCUGAGCUGCUCCGAUGAGGGUCGUUAUUCUGUCUGCCAUCAGAGCAAAAGGGAGUUCAUCUCCUCCUGCUCAUCUUCUGCUCCCUACCACAAAGUAGGAGUGUAUGUGGACUAUUCAGGUGGCACUCUGUCCUUCUACAGAGUUUCUUCUGAAAUACCGAUCCAUCUCCAUACCCUCAAGACAGAAUUCACUCAACCUCUUUAUCCUGGUUUCGGGUUCUGGACGGGAUCUUCAGUCACUCUUUGUUAAGUAGAGUUUUGUCCUCAUGGUGACAGAAAAUCUCCAGAUCAGUGAUAAACAUGAUUGGGUUGAGUUAAGAAUGUAAAAAGAAAUAUUUUGUGUCAUUCUAGAUGAAACAGAAAAAUGAUGGGGAACAAACUGAAGUUGUUUUCAAUCAUCUUUGAUGGAAAAUUAUCACUUAUAUUUAAAUAUUUGUCAUCAAGUAAGUGGGGUGUGUUUGGAGCUUUACGGUGCAUUCACACCAGCCCUGUUUAGUUUGCUUUAAUCAAACUCUAGUUCUUUUAGAGAAUCCGGUUUGUUUGCGAAAAUGUGAAUGCGUAAUCAAACUCUGAAGCAGAUCAAAAAAGUGCAAGUGAACUGUGGUGCAUUUGAAUAAUGGACUACAGUGCAGGGCGGCAAAUACAACCAAAACAAAUACAUUAGCCUAGCACUAGCGGGAGAAAUGUCAUUGUGGUCCUUCACCAGAGACAAAAGAGAAAUCAUACAAUUGCUACAAUCUGAUGCCACUCCAUUGUUGUUUCCAUUUUGUGAAAAAGGAAGUUGUGGUCAGUGUCUUCUUUGGUAGUUUCAGUGUAUUUUCCUUCAGUAGUUCCUGGUGGAGCACCACUACAGGCGAGGAGAGGAACAGAUUUUUCAGUUUGGAUUGUUUGACACAGUUUAGUGUGGAAGUGAAUCAGCAUCAGCUGAAAAUGUCACAAAUGUAAGUUUGCUACAGUGAAAAAAGCUCAGUUCUUUUAUUGUGGAGAAACGAAACAAUAGUCAGACCCUCCUUGUAGUGAAAUGUGCUAAUUUUGUUUUUAUGCUAAAGUUGUGUUUUUCUAUUUUAGUGAUAAUCUGCCUUUCUGCUUUAAUGAAACUGUUCCAUGUGUUUGUAUUUGUUUCUUUACCACCUAAUGCUAUAAUAACUCUAAAAUAGUGAGUAUCAGCUCUAAGAGUACGAUCACUUUCUACUCCGGAGUUUAGUGCCGCCCUCAGCAAUCGGCUCAAACAGGAAACAAUGAUCUGCAACAUGUAAUAUAAACUGGUAUCAUACAUGUAAUCAGGCUGAAACAUGCAGAACCUGGAAAUAUAAAAGAAACAAAGACAAGCCUGAGAAAGUCCCCUGAGACUUUCUAAAUACAUUAUUAUACAUGUGAUUAUAAAGUUCUAUCUACAGUUAGAGCAGAAGAAACACAUUUUAAUAUAAUCCAGCAAAAAAUCAAUUUUUUAAAGAAAACUAUUUGAAAGUAGACUAUUGUUAUUUUAACAAAUAUAUUUUGUGAUAUUUACAGUAAUUGUAACUUUUAAAAUUUUUUAACUGAAUUUCACAGAUGGAAUAAAGAAUUUCUCACAAACCUACCAGAAUCAUCAGAUUUUUGAGAUAUUCUCAUGUUGAGAAGAUUUUGUCAGUUUCAUACAUUAUUUUUAGCAAGAAAAGAAUGUAAGAAAUUUAUAACAGGACAUAUUGUAAAGCUGAAGAAACAGUAGCUUUUUCUUUUUUAUUUUCAUGAAAAUGUAUAAUUCUUCAUUCCUGUUUAUAUUUCCAGCCUUUUAUGUAAAACGUGAUUUAUUCACUGCUUCAUAGAUUUUCAGAUUCCAGAAGAGCUUUUAACAGGCUGCAAACUUUUAAAGCUUCUGUGUGAAACUUCCUGUCCAGACACGUUAACUUUGAUACAACCUCUGAUGAUUUUUUCACAAAAGAUAGGAAAUAAAUGCAAGUCAGAGGUUUCUUUUUGUAGGUCACCUGGUUGUAUAUUUUUCAACUUAUACAGUUUGAUGACCUGUUUGUGAACAAAAUCCUGCCCAGAUUGUUUUCCAACUUAUUUGCCUUAAAACUCAGCAUUUCUUAUAAAAAAAUAAAAGAAAGCUUUUGAUUACA